AUGGCUCGAUUUCUACAAGGAGUGAGAAGCAAAAGGAUUCUUAGCGAACUUCAACAAAAUAAUUUGGUAACAAACCUAAGACAUUCUACUGCUGAGGAAAAUGAACAAAUAUUUAUACAUCAACACGAAAUGUCUGAAAAUAACAUAAACACGCCUUUUUCUGGCAAUUGCUGUAGUCCUGAACAAAGCGAUCUCAACCCUAAUGCCAACCCAAAGGAAGCUAUCAACGCCACCAUCAAUGUUCUAAGUCCACCAGAAAUCUGUAGCUUUGAACCCACAGAAAUCCUUGACAAUAAUGAUUACGAAUCUACUUCUUUAUAUUCAAGCACUCGUCGUCGUCUCGUAGUAAGGUCUUGGUCAUUAUCUGAUUUAACGCAUGAUACAAACAAUAUGAUUAGUUCCCUAAAAAAGUCGCCAUCGGUUCCAGCGUUGUUGAACAUUACCAGUAAUCUUGAUUUAUUGAUUGCGUUUAACAAACCGGAUCAGAUCGAAUCUACAUCAGAUGAUGUUUACCAAAUUCCUGAAGAAAGAAAUUUUGCUGAAGUAUUGGUGACUGGGGACCAACAAGAUUAUGGAGAUAUGGAAGAAGGUCGAAAACGUCGUCACAAUGCUGACCCAAAAUCUUGGAAAAGGAACAAGGCUUUUUUUGAAGCGAAUGCGAGGUGA